AUGGUAUCUCCAUCGCAUAUCAUAGUAGCCAAUUUAGUUGUCGCUAUUGCAGCAACCAUAGCUGUUAUUCUCAGAUUUGUGUCACGGACGCUUAUCAAAUCUUUCGCUGCAGACGACUGGCUCAUUCUUGCGGCAUUACCUUUCGGAUGGGGAAUGGCAACUUGUACUAUCAUUGCUGUCCACUUUGGACUUGGACAGCAUGCUCGGUCAGUGCCCCCUGAAAAUAUUGUUCCAUUUAUCCAGGUCUACUUGGCUUCGGAGCUCAUCUGGGCAUGCUCAAUGGCACUAAUAAAAAUAUCCGUUCUCCUUCUUUAUGUUCGCAUUUUUGGGACCAUGAGAUAUUUCCGUCUUCUUGCCUAUGGCUUCGGCGGCUUCACUAUAGCUUGGGCAAUAAUGGUUAUCUUUGUUUGUACUUUUCAAUGUCUACCCGUUGCUUAUCAGUGGGACAAAACAAUCGAAGGAGGCCGGUGUAUUGAUUCUUGGCUUUUUUUUACCAUCGGGUCGUCUUUCGACGUACUCGUUGAUUUCGCGCUAUUAAUCCUUCCUCUCCCUGCGAUCUGGAACUUGCAGUUAUCAAUACUUCAAAAGGUAUCGCUAAUUGUUAUCUUUAGUCUUGGUUCAAUUACUUGCGUCUUCAGUUUAAUUCGACUCGUGGCGGUUGCUCAAGCUAAAGACGUACCGGAUCCAACUUUCACUCUCGGAAUCGUUGCAAUCUGGUCAACGGCAGAACCUUGCCUCGGAAUAGUCUCCACUUGCCUUCCUAGUUACAAACCGAUCAUCACAAGGAUUUUCGGCCAUAAAGAGGAUGCUAGUAGCUCUGGUUCGAGCAAGCCGAGCGGUGGUAACAGUACAUUUGGAAGCAAGUUCAGCAAGAAUGGCGGUCGGCUCGCCCUCGCGUCAGCUUCCGAGAAUGAGGAUGAUCAUCAGUUGAUCUACAAUCAAAAGGAGUUGAUUUCUCUCAAGACUUACGCUACCGCGAGCAACGACAGCACAGCAAGAGUACAGGAUAUUCCGAUGGACAACAUUCACGUACAAACAAACAUCGAUAGUACUUGGACCCAUAAAGUCUAG